UUUGUCAAACCUGCGAAUGGCUGAAUGCUGAUGGUCCGUCUGUGCUGGUGUUUUUCAGCCAGCCGACGCGAGGGGCCGUUGGUUUGGCCAGUUGUGGCCCUGCAGCUGGCUGAGCCAUGGGGAACGAGAGCAGCACAACUGAGGCGUUGGCUGAGGCUCACGCGGAGAGUUUGACCCAGAGGGACGACACAGCACUGCUAGCUGAAGCCUCGACCAGCCAGCAGAAUCUGCUGUCUCAACCAGUGCUCCUAGACGUCCCAGUCAUCACCGGAGUGGAGGAGAGCAGAGGUGCGGCUGGAGACGAGGAGGACAAAGAGGAGCUUGAGUUUCCCCAUGAUCUGCUGCCCAGUCUAGACUUCAGCAGUGAGCUCAACAUCUGGGAGUCCUCGCUAGGAGUCCUCCCAUAUCUGGAGUCUCCUCAACUAGAGUUUCUUACUCCGACUGAGGAGAUAGCUGCUCCUCUGAGACAGGAGGAGAUCCCACCACCGGAGCAGGCAGCAGAGGAGACAACAGAGAUCCCACCGCUAAAUCUUGUGGAAAGGCCAGUGGAUCUCCCUGAACCUUUAAAGAAAUCAGCAGAGCUCCCAGACCCAACACAGCAGACAGCAGAGCACAAAACAAAGAGUACAGUAGCAGAGCUUUCAGAACUAACCAAGAAAGAAGAGGAGCCUCCAGAAGAACAUCCAGAACCCAAAGAGCAGCCAGUAACUUCUUCAGAAAUAGUAGAUAAGCCAGCUGAGAUCCUAGAACCAGCAAAAAGCACAGAAGAGCUCCCAGAGCCAACGAAAAAUGAAGAACCAGAACCAACAAAGGUGACAACAGAGCCCCUAGAACCAGAGAAGAAGCUGAUCAGUGGGCUGCCAGAAGACCUGGUGGAGAAACCUGUAGAGAUCCCACCCGAGGAGCCAUUUAAAGUGCCAUCUGAGGAAACUUCAGUGACAGAAACAGUCCAGGAUCCUGCUGAGGAGAUACAGGAUAGCAGGCCCUCCCUUGCUGUGCAAGCAGAGAGAAGUGACCGUCUCCCUGCCUCUCCCCUGCCUCCUACUUCCGAAUACCACUUCUUGCCUGCCCCCCGCCCUCACCUCCACGGCAGUACAGAGUUCCCCACUCCUCCUCCCACACCCCCAGAGAGGCACACACCUGAAGUUCUACCAACCCCACCUGCAUCCCCGCGCCUUCCUCCUCCUCCUCCAGCCCCUGCCUCCCCUCCUGCACCUUCUGCUUACCAGUGUGAGGACCCCUGCCCUGCUUCUGUACUUCAACACCCCCUUUUAAGGAGCUCAGACUCUGAUGGAGCAUUUGAGACCCCUGAAUCCACAACCCCAGUGAAGGCUGUUUCUCCAACAGAUCCCCAGGCCCAGCAACUGACGUCUGAUGACAAAGGUACAGUAAGAAUAGCAGACUCCUCUGUCAGUGAUCCUGCUUCAGAAUUGACUUCAGGUGACCCACCCUGCCGUUCUCCGUCCACUGCUUUUGAUGAAAACAAACCCAUUGCAGCCAGCGGCACAUACAACAUAGACCUUUUUCCUGCAGAUUCAGCAAGUCACACACUGACUCGUUCCCUCAGCCUCCAGGGAGGAGAACUAGACAGCUCUGGUUUGUUGGACGUAUCCGCAACAGGAGGUUUCCGACCACAUUCUGAAUCCUUCAGCGUAGGCACUGAGAGUGCCCCAGGCACACUCCACAGGCCCAAGAAAGUCCGUUCUGGGUCUUUGAAGAAGAAGCCUCUUCUCAGACAAAACUCCAACCCAGAGAGUCCAAGACCAGCUUCAUCCAGCAGUACCCCAGAGAUCAAGAAGCGGGCAAAGCCUCGAACUGCCAGCCCUCUCCAGGCUCAGGAGGAAGCUGAAGGAGGAUCUGCAACCCCUAGCCCUGGAGGAACCCUCCGAAGGACCAGGAAGAGCUGUGUUGAAACUCCACCUCCUCUCCCAGAGGAGACGAAUCAUACCAGCCAAGAGGAAAGCCUUGUCGUCUCUUUCUUACCCUUGUGCCACGAGGAGACACCUCUCCGUGGCAGUGAUACAGGUGAAGACGAACCCCCCAUCCCCCCUAGUGGCUCCUACAAAUGGGAUCCAGAUAAUUUUGAGAACAUUGACCCGUUCAAGACUGGAGGUAGUAAACUUGCCAACUCCCCGGUUCUGGGUCGUAAGGGUACGGUGUGCGCCCCCAUUGCUACCUCUGCAGAGAGUCCCCCUGUCCCUGCUGUGGAACCACGUCACCCCAGUCCUCCAGCUCCUCUUGACGAGCCAAUCACCGAGCCUGAAGAGCAACCCAUCAUCUCCAAGCGUCAAUCAGUAAGGCUGGAGUUUGACUACUCUGAGGAGAGCAGCGAGGCAUCACACCAGGCCUCUCCCCCACCCAAGAAAGUGGGCAAGAAGCUCGGUGCCAAGAUGCCUCUGAGGAAACCAAAGCUGGGGCUGAAGAAGCCCCCUGCAACGCAGACGGAGCAGCUGGACAACGACCCUCCAGCAACCCACAAUGGUAACGAGGAUGAAAUCCCUGUCCCUAAAGCAUCCUACAACUUUGAUACUGACAAAUGGGAUGAUCCGAAUUUCAAUCCAUUUAAUUCCAAGAAAGGAAUCACAAACUCCCCUAAACUGUCCAGGCCGUCUUAUAGCUUUGACCCCAAUAACUUUGAUGACACCAUAGACCCUUUCAAAUCCUCCAAUAAGAUGGCCAUCUCCCCUCCUAAGGCCUCUGCAUCAUUUGAACUGUCAUCCAAUGACUAUGACAAUGAAAAUGACAAUGACAACAUAGGGGAACUGGAGGACCAAAAUCAGAACAAACCUGCCAAGAAGAAGAAAACUCCUAUCAAAUCUAAUACUUUCAGAGUGAAGAGAUCGCCAAAGAAGUCACCAUUGUCAGACCCAUGCCAGGAUCCUGCUUCUGCAGAUGAACCUCCCUCACUCCUCCCGCAGGACGACCAUGCCACGGACGAGGAGAAGCUGGCCUCCUCCACCAGUCAUAAGUGGGCAGCCCUGAAUGACAUGGAUGCAGAUUUUAACUCUGACCAACAAGACUUCCCUCAGCCAUGCGACCUUACUUCCUUCGUUAAUGAGAACAGUCUUCCUCAUCAGACUCUAGACUAUGAAAUUGAGUACAUGGAGAAGAUUGGCUCCGCCUCACCUCCACUGUCUGUGAAGAAGCCGUCUUUGUACCUGAAGCUGGAUUCAGUAUCUGACAACUUAACCAAGAAUACUUGUGCACAUGGAUCUGAGCCCACCUCCCCCUGCACAGGGAGUUUUGAGGAGAUGGAGGCCCAGAUAACAGCAGGUAUGAAGACACCAGUGCUGAGCUCUCGGCCUGGUCCUGAGGGCUCUGCUGGGGACAAAGGCAGGAAGAGAGAAAGCGAGUCACUUAGCCGAACACAGAGCACAGAGAGGGAUGAACAGUCCCCUAGCCAGGGCCCCCUGGAGGCCCCUGCUCCCGCCCUGGCCAUGCCACUGUUAGACAGGCUGGCUGAGUGUGACGACCCCCUGCAGUACCUGGAGCCUGACCUGGCUGAGACCAACCCCACCGCAUUCGCCCAAAAACUACAGGAGGAGCUGGUACUUGCUGCCCUGAGGAUAGAGGCUCUGCAGGUAGCCAAAAACAUCUCUCAGUGUCCCUCCCUCACCACUGUAACCCCCCAGAAGCACAGAGAUGUGUCAUCUCCAGUAGAGAGUGCUGUGUCCAAGAACUCGCUGUACACCAGGACCACCAGCACCAGCUACAUCGAAGGGGAGAGCCCCCACCUGCCCAGGGAUCUGGACCACUCGUUGGGAAUUGCACGAGAAGAGAUUGUGGCAAAGGAGAAAGAAGUGCUGGAGUGGCAGAGGAAGUAUGAAGACAGCCGGCAGGAAGUGGUGGAGAUGAGGAGAAUUGUUGCGGAGUAUGAGAAGACAAUUGCACAGAUGAUAGAGGAUGACCAGAAAGAGAAGUCUCUCUCCCACCACACCAUCCAGCAGCUGAUCAUGGAGAAGGACCAGGCCUUGGCCGACCUCAACUCCGUAGAAAAGUCUCUGGCUGACCUCUUCCGACGUUAUGAGAAGAUGAAAGAUGUGCUGGAGGGCUUCCGCAAGAAUGAAGAGGUUCUGAAGAAGUGUGCUCAGGAGUAUCUGUCCAGAGUCCGUAAGGAGGAACAGCGCUAUCAAGCCCUGAAGAUUCAUGCAGAGGAGAAACUAGACAAGGCCAAUGCAGAGAUAGCUCAGGUACGAACCAAGGCAAAGCAGGAGCAGGCUGCCUACCAGGCCAGUCUGAGGAAGGAGCAGAUGAAAGUGGACUCUCUGGAGCGCACUCUGGAGCAAAAAAACAAAGAGAUCGAGGAGCUGACAAAGAUCUGUGAUGAGCUGAUCGCCAAGAUGGGGAAGAGUUAGGGCCACGCCACACCAAGGCCAAAUCUCAAAGAGAAGAGGAGUGGUUGUGGAAAAACUACUGGGAAAAUGAACCAGAUCAGUAAUAUUUAUUGCUCUUCCAUGGACUGAUGGACAUCUAAGGCCAAAGUGGUCUUGGGAUUUUAUUUCCUACUGACUUUGUGUAUACAGAUCCACAGGAAUGGCUUCUUCUUAGUCACUCUGUACAUUUUUGAUGUGUCAGUGUAUCGUACUGUAUCAGGGGUCUGGUUUAAAGUUUUAGAAAAUUUACCAUAUCACUAAUGAGUGUGUCUGUGUGGCCGUGUGUAUGAUAACGAGAAAGUGAGAGUGUCGUUUUUGGGUGAAAUGAUCUAUAACGAUGUUGCCAUGACAGCCAUUGAGGGAGAAGACUGUUUACCCACUCUUGUUGUUGUCUCCUCAUUACAUAAGAGAAAGAUAGACUUUGAUAAAAGAGUACCAGAGAGUUAGAUUCAUUCAUAAUAUGUUGAUAUACCACUAAGAGAACACAAACUAUCACACUGGCUUAUUGCAUGUGAAAGAGAAAGGAAAAGUUGUAAUGUUAAUGUUUGUAUAUACUGUAGGGAGUUCCAAGUAUCUGCAUUUUUGAUAGUUAUUCUGUCAUCCUCAGUCUGCUUUCCUCAUGUAACCUUGUAGAUAUUUGUCAUACUUGUCAUAGCUUUCUCGAUGAAAUCGUGGGACUUUAUUUUUUGGAUUUUAUUUUGAUAUAAAGCAAACUAAUCGUGACUGUAUUCAGUUGUGACCAGGAGUAAUUUAAUUUUGGAUGGAUAUGUCCUAGUCCUUCUAUGGUCGUUGUGUUGCACUGAGGAAUAACUUCUCUGCACAGCUACUGUACAGCAUCUGCUUACAAAGUGCAAUAAAAGAUGGCAAUACAGCAUACUGGAUAUACUCUGCUUCUUUCCCUGCAUAACA